AUGUCCGUGCCAUUUAAGUAUCGUCAACAUAUUCGUGAUAUUCACGAGUCCUUCCACGAUGGUAAGCCCAUCUCGGAAGAUGAACUGAUGAGUGUCAUGAACAUAAUCUGCCCAGCCGAGCAGCAGGAGAUUUGUGCACCGUAUCGAGCGCAGUGCCCUCUGAAUGGGAACAGUUUUCUCACCCUCAUGUAUGAGCUCCAGAAGGCUACACAGAUACCGUACGAAGACUUUGUGUGGAACUACAUCAAGGGAUCCCUGAAGAACGGCCUGUUUAACGGCCAGGAUCACGCUGAUCUCAAGGCCCUCCGCACAACACUGGACCCACUGAUGCGCUCGGUGCGCUUCGACGUCCAGAACAUCUACAAGCAGCAUACCAAUCCUGACGAUGACGGCCAGAUUACUAUCGAUCACCUUUGCGACGUCUUCCGCGCCAUGUAUCCCGCCAACCAGAUGGUGUACAUCGAAAUGUACAAGUGGGCACGCGCAAAGAAAGUUAUCAAGAGCAGGGGAAUCCCCAGCGAGCGCGACAAGACAGCAAGUGCACGCCCCACACCGCCGGUGGCGCCGUCAGCCCCACCAACAACAGUAGAUACAUCGAGUGGCGACGUCACGGCCGCAGGAAAAGCAGAACAAGAUGGUCCUGAGAAUAUGCCUACCACACCAGCGCCAACAACAACGGCAGAGGCGGAGGCGACGGCGACGACAACGAUGACAAAUCUCGAUGAAAAGAAGGAACGAGAAACACAUCAGCAGGAAAACUUAGAGAGUAGCCCUCAACCAGUGGAGGAAGCACAAAAAUUAUCCGCUGAGGGGGUGCCUAAAGAGACGGACGAGGCAUCACUUAAUGCCGCAAUGGCAUCAAAUUCAUUGCGGGCCGCUGCGGCUGAGAAGGCUGAAACGCCAACAGCUGUAGAGCCACAAGCCCAGAGUCCUUAUGCCACAGAGGCUGCAGCUUUAGAUACUCCUAUGGCUGCCGCGGCGGCCGCCGAAAAACGUGAUAAAAACCAGAUAAUGCUUCCUGCUAUAUUGCCCACAACAACGGAGCAACCACUAUCGCCGGUGGACGCAGGGGCCCCAGAGGAGCCGCAACGAGAGUCCCAGACUGCCGAUUUUCACGCACGGCCACUUGAUGGGGUGGGGGCCUCCUCUGUCCUUGUAUCGCCCUCAACCACCAUGUCAUUUCGUGUUGCUCCGCCGCAGGUGCAAGUUGAGCGACGCCCUGGGCUUGAUUUCAACCCGCCAAACAUCCGUGAUAUUGAGCCCCCGAGCAGUAGCAACAACAAGAGUGUGGUUUCUGGCAGAAACGAGAAGCCGCUGCCAAAGUUGCGCGCACACGAUGAGCAUCCGUCGUGGGAGUACGAGGAGAUGUUGCUUGAUGCCAUGCUGGCCCGAGUGGUGCCUGGGAAACCGGUGGAUCCGCAGGUGGUGGAGUAUCUCAGGGAGCUGGCAAGGCAGGAGAGGGAGAUUCAGGCGGCCCUGCACAUGGAGAUGGAUAACUUGACGUCGAACAUGCUAGCCUGCGAGGUUGUGGAGCAGCGAAUGAUGGCGCUGCGCGACCAAAGACAAGCACGGUGCUUUGAUCGGCUGGAGACACGACGCUCAGCACUUAUGGCAGAGAUGGAUAGGUAUGUGCGAAGGGUGCGCAGUGAUUUGGUGCAGAACAGAACACGUCUCGGGUGUAGCAGUGAUAACGAUAUUGAUAGCUCUGGCCCUGGUGCAAAUCACUCCGUGGCGCGGCCUGGCAAGAAUGCCGACUCACGCUAUGAUAGUGGCAGUGCACACAAGGAGCCGGGACCUCUCAAGGUGGCAUCGGUGUCCACACCGCCCCCGCUGCCUCCGUCGGCGAAUUAUCACCGAAGCGCCCUGCAGCGUUGGCGACGCCUGGAGGAGGAGGAGGAAGAGAAGCUGCAGCGGCUGCGCAGCGUUUCGUAUCCAGCCGCGUGGGCCACUCCGAUAUUGCAGCGGCGCCCACCAUAUCAGCAGGCGCCCUUUUCGGCGGACGUGGAGUUCGCCAAGCGCAUCUGCGGGGAGUACACACCCAGCGGUGCGGCGCCGCAGCGUGGCAACUGCAGCAACGAGGCGCCGACGCCGCGGCACUCCGCCGCGCCGGU